ACAUUGAAGCAGAUGCUGAAGGAGCGCUUUACAAUUCCAGCAGCAGUGAUUGAACAAGUUAGUGAUGCGUGAUGCCCCCUGCAGCCCCACUUACACAUAUAUCCACAUGUGGAGUAAAAGACGCGGGUGCACCUUGCACUGGGAUCUCUCCGACUAGACCGCUGAGGACUCUGUUUACACUCGUCUUUCCCAAAGUCCAUGCAGCUGACAUUGCUGAACCACAGGCCAAUCUUGACUCUUUACCCAAACUACUGGGCAAGCCAGAGUUCCCAGACACAGGAUGGGACCGCAUUAAAGAUCUGUUCGACAGAAGGGAUGGUCAGCCAUACUCGGACGAGGUGAGGAGCGUGGCUAAAAGUGCUAUAACGGCAGCUUUGGUGGGCCUGUGUUAUGGAGGCCUACCUGGAGCCCGACACUCACGAGAGAGAUUCAUUCAGCUAAACCAGGCUGAGAUCUAUCGUAGCAGAGUGGAAGCAGUGCGUUCGGCCCAUAAUGCAGCCAUCCGAGGCUUUGUGAGGUACGGCUGGAGGUGGAGCUGGAGGAUGGCUGCCUUCGUCACACUUUUUAACACUGUCAGCACUGGCCUUUCUGUGUAUGGAGACAGUAACGCCUUGAGCCAUUUCGGAGUGGCGGGUGCUGUGACUGGAGGUCUGUUCCGGUUGAAUCUCGGACUCAGAGGACUGGUGGCAGGAUCAGCUAUUGGAGCUGCAUUGGGCAUGCCUGCUGGGGCUUUAAUCGUUGGCCUACAGAAGCUGAGUGGAGAGACUAUGCGUGAAAAAAGAAGGCGUGAGUGCAGAGAACUGUUUGAGCUUAAGGUGGCUGAAUGGAAUUCACGUCUACAGCUUACUGAUGACCUGAUUGGUGAAUUUAGUGGACAGGAUCAGGACACGGAGGGUGACCUUAAUCGAAUUCAACAGCUGCUUAGUCAGCCUAGGAAUGAAGACAUGGGCAAGGGUUCUUCCAGCCAAUGACAAGAAUUCUGAGAGACUGAAUAACAUUGUGGACUUUUUACAUAAAAAAUUAAUUUACAGAAUAUUCAAUUAAUGCUCUAAUGUGAUUAUUAAAACUGUGCCAUGUUAUGGAA